AUUAGGGUUCCCCUAAACUUCUCACCAGUGCUGCAAGAGAAUAUACCCAUUCUUGACGCAUGUAUAUAUAUAUGUGUAUACAUAUACACAUGUAAGCAGUAGGAAACCUAAUAAUAUUUUUUUGUCUUGUGGAAUCCGAAAAUCUUGGUUAACUACAACAAAAUUUUGACGGGUUUUCCGAAGACCCUUUUGUUUGCCUAAACAUUGGCGAAUUUGGGUAUUCCUUUGAUAGUACCUUCUUGUUUUUCUUUCUUGAUUACUGCAAAUCUUUUGACUUUUGAGUCCGUUCUCUAAGAGAUCAUGGCUGUUAUGGGAGAUUUAGCACUGAAGUUUAGUGGGAUGAUCAAGAAAGAUGGGGCUUUUGAUUUGAAGAAGGGCGUGUUUGGUCUCCCAAUUUCUAGUCAUGGAGUUUUUUUCAACGCUAGGAAGUUUAGAAGUGUUGAGUCCAGAAUUGGGGUUCAAGCUGUGAUGCAAGUGGGUGUGGAGAGUGCAGAAGUUUCUAAGGGUUGUGAGAAUUUGGAAGGGUUUCUGGGAUUAGAUGUUGUUUCAGAGGGGGAAUUGAGGGAGAAGGGGUUCUUGGGGUUGAGGAAAACGAAGCUCGUUUGCACGAUAGGGCCUGCGUGCUGCUCGUUGGAUGAUUUGGAGAGGUUGGCUAUGGGAGGGAUGAAUGUGGCUAGGCUUAAUAUGUGUCAUAAUACUAGGGAUUGGCACAAGGAUGUGAUUAGGAAAAUUAAGAAGUUGAAUGAGGAAAAGGGGUAUUGUGUGUCUCUGAUGAUUGAUACUGAAGGCUGCCAGAUUCAAGUUGUUGAUCAUGGUGCUCCUUCCUCUGUUAAAGCAGAGGAGGGUUCAAUCUGGUUCUUUACAACUGAAACGUUUGCGGGCUCGCGCCCGUUUACAGUCCAAUCUAACUAUGAAGGUUUUUCUGAAGGUAUUAACGUGGGUGAUGAAAUUGUUUUUGAUGGAGGAAUGGCAACCUUCAAAGUGGAGGAAAAGGUUGGGAAUGACUUGCGAUGCAGGUGCACGGACCCCGGCUUACUCUUGCCACGAGCUAAACUGACCUUUUGGAGGGAUGGAAAGCUCGUGGACAAGAAUUAUGAGCUUCCGACUCUGACGGCUAAGGAUUGGCUCGACAUUGACUUUGGAAUUUCUGAAGGUGUUGAUUUUAUUGCCGUGUCUUUUGUCAAUGAUGCCGAUGCUGUCACGGACCUGAAGAAAUUCAUUUCUAUCAAAUACUCCAAAUCAAUAAAAGUUUUGGCGAAGAUAGAGAGUCUGGAGUCUCUCAAUAACUUGGAAGAAAUCAUUGAAGCUUCUGACGGAAUCAUGAUAGCAAGAGGAGACCUUGGAGUCGAAAUCCCACUAGAACAAAUCCCAACAGUUCAGGAGAAAAUUACUUAUUUAUGCAGGCAGCUCAACAAGCCAGUAGUGGUAGCUUCUCAGCUUCUUGAAUCCAUGGUCGAAUUUCCUACUCCAACGAGAGCUGAGGUGGCCGAUGUUUCUGAAGCUGUUCGCCAAUAUGCUGACGCGCUGAUGCUCUCUGGAGAAUCAGCAAUUGGACCAUACGGGCAGAAGGCUCUUUCCGUGUUGCGUAUGACUAGCAGCAGAAUGGAACUAUGGAGUCGUGAAGAGAAAAGGCAAAAUGCUCUGCUCCAGCGCAAUGUUGGAGCAUCUUUGACAGAUCAAAUUGCUGAGCAUAUCUGCAACUGUGCUGCAGGAAUGGCCAACAACCUAGCACUGGACGCGAUUUUUGUGUACACAAGACAUGGCCAGAUGGCUUCACUCAUCUCACGCAAUCGUCCAAAUCCUCCUAUAUUUGCGUUCACAAACGACAGCAGCACCAGAAUGGCACUUAAUUUGCAGUGGGGCGUUACUCCACUUCUCUGUGAUCUUUCAGAUGACAUGGAAGCUAACAUCAGUAAAUCCAUCGAUCUCAUAAAGACCAAAGGCCUGAUCAAGAAGGGAGACACAGUUUUGAUCGUCUCAGAUAUCGUUCCAUCUUCGACCACCCAAACUGUGUUUCAGUCGAUUCAGAUCAAAACUGUCGUUUAGGGAUAUUCGUAAUACUGUUCAAAAUUUUAGAUACCCAAGUUUGUAUGUUAAAGAUAUAUUCGUGUUUUUUGUUUAGAACCUAUUUCCACUCUGUCUGAAUCAUUACAUUUAAAUAUUUUUACUGAUAAUUUGGUUUCUUGAUCA